GGGGAGGAUCACAGGUAGGGAUGAGACCAACAGAUUUUUGUGGAAGGAGAGAAGGAAAAGCCACAAGUACACCUGAGCUAUGGCAUCACUGUGCUACAACAAGGGCUGUGGGCAGAGGUUUGAUCCUGAGCACAACACCAACAAUUCCUGCCUGUAUCACCUGGGUGUCCCCAUCUUCCACGAUGCCCUGAAGGGCUGGUCUUGUUGCAAGAAACGCACAACAGACUUCUCAGAGUUCCUCUCCAUCAAGGGGUGCACAAAGGGAUUUCACAGCAAAGAGAAGCCUCCUGAGCCUUUCAGCCAAGGGGAGACCUCAGACAAUCAGAAGGCCAAACCAGUGGAGGAGCUCAUCAUCCAAGGACCAAAAUCAGCUGAGAAGAUGCAACAGGAAAGACCAAGCUCUGAUGAGCCAAGACAACUGCUGCCCAUUAAAGUAUCCAGGUCUCUGGAACAGGCACUGGAGAAACUGAACCUGUCCUCCAAAGACGAGGCACUUGAGGGCAGUUGCGCAAGGGAGACGACUGCCCAGGUGAGAGUUGGCACCACCUGCAAGAAUGCAGCCUGCAAGGUGAUCUACCGAGGGCCAGAAAGCAACACAGAGGUUUGUACUUUCCAUCCUGGUGUUCCUGUCUUCCAUGAGGGGGUGAAGUCCUGGAGCUGCUGCGGCGUCAGAACCACGGACUUCAGCGCCUUCCUGGAGCAGCCGGGCUGCAGCCGUGGGCGGCACUGCUGGGCAGGGAGGGCGGACAAGAAGGCAGUGUCAUGCCGGCAGGACUGGCAUCAAACCAGCAGCCAGGUGGUGGUGACUGUCUAUGCCAAGAACCCGCUGCCUGCCCUCAGCAGUGUGAAAGCCAACCGCACUGUGCUUGAGGUUCACAUCAUCUUUGAAGGGAAUAAGAUUUUCCAGGCUGAAAUGAAUCUUUGGGGGGUCAUCGAAAUAGAGAAGAGCUUCGUGAGCAUGGUGCCUACCAAGGUGGAGAUCAUACUUUGCAAAACCAGCUGUGGCUCCUGGGCCAGGCUGGAGCUCCCCCAAAGCAGGUCACACUCCUGUGGUGAGCAGGAGAAGGCUGCCUGCACGAAGGAGCCUAGGGCCGUACAAGAGGAGGAUUCAGAUGACAACUUGAGCUGGUCAGAGGACGAUGAGGAGGAGCUGGAAAUGGGAACACCGAGCAACUGACAGUCAAGCGCUUCAGUGGCUGAGCAGUGCUGGCUCCUCAGCUGCUGGGAACCUUGGCACCCCCUCCAGAGGAGCAGACCCAGCCCAGAGCAAUGUGCAGGCUGCAGCACACCCUCUCCCCUGGUCAAGCGGCAAGUAAUAAAAACCCAGUGCAAAGGUUA